UUUUGUUACCCUGCAGUUUUUCACCCCUUGUCCUCGGGCCGCGCGCCCACCUCCCACUUUCCACCUUGUUUCCACCCUCUCUCUCUUUGCCUCAGGUCGAAGCCAGCGCCUCCAUGCGCUUUCGUCCACUCCCUCCUGCCGAUGGGGCACCGCAAGCGCCAAGGCUGUAAGUGGCUUAAUCGACACCACUCGCUGGGUCUCACAUAGUAUGUGAUGCAGUGAAUCCAUACCUUCCAAGCUGCCAAGAUUCGAUAGACACUGUGGAAUAGCCCGCCCUUUAUAACCAGCCCAUCUCCAGUCAAAUCUUGCCGUUUGGGCCUACUUUUUGCGCCUUUCAUUGCCCUUUCUUUUCGCUGUUGCCCGGUUGUUAUUUCGUGGCUGUCGCUGUCGCCUUGCUUGUCCAUCGUUGUCAGUCCGGGUUUCGCAACACAGCGCAAUUAGUACCUACACUGCACCCUCCACAGCGGUCUUCUAUACUUGUACCGCCUUCGUCGUCAAUUACGCCAACAACACCACCGCGACGUCCCUCCUUCUUCGCCCAUCUCCUGGCCUUGUGGAAUUUUGCGAUCGUGGUGGCGCCCAUUGGAACUCAAGGAAUUCACAGCCUUGGACAGCCGUCUUACUGUUUUUGAGCCGUUCAAGCAGUCCUACCGUCCAGCCUUAUAAACCUAAUUCUCCACUCCGAGUUUCGCACCCGAGCCAAUGGCGAUCGGAGCCAUAUUGGAGCCCGGCAUUGUCGUGGGUCUCCUCGCCGGUGGUACCCUCGUCAAUCGCAACACGACCUACACCAGCUCAACUGCCUCAAGCCGAAGAGCUUCUUGGCACCCGCUCGAUCAGACCGACCCCGAGGCGCUACCAUCCGCAUCGCUUUUGAACGACGAGCAAAAUUUCGAAGGAGGCAGGAAAGCCAAGGUCGAGGAAGAUGAGUACACCAGCGAUAGCAGGAGACCGUGGAGCCCAUCGCGGUCCAGUUCGUCGUCGACUGUGGUAGAGAACCAGGCGAUCGAAAAGGAUCUCCCAUACGGAAAGAGGUUCCGCACCUUGAAGUUUAUGGGCUGGGAACGGGAGGUCGUCACGCCGAACACCGAGAUUCAUCGCGACCGAUUACUGAGCCGCGUCCUGCGCAAGUUCCCCUUCCUUGUCGAGGUGUGGUACUGGGCUCUGAUUUACUGGGUCUACCAACUUGGACGAGCCUUCACAGCUGUAACUCUUAAGGCCAGCACAGUCGAUACCGCGCGCGAGCAUGCCCUUCAAAUUAUUCAUAUGGAGCAGCGCCUGCGCAUCUUUGUCGAGCCCAUUGUCCAGGGCUGGUUCCUUGGACACCCGACCAUCCUCAAGUGGACGAACCGAACCUACUCCUUCAUCCACAUUCCCGGCACCAUUCUCUUCCUCAUCGUUCUCUUCUACGUCACCACCACCCGCCCCCGCGCCCGCAUCCACGAGAACCAUGGUGGAGGCGCCCUUGUCCGCGACUGGCGCAACUUCGUCAACCACUUCGGCCCGGAUGUGUACGAGCGCCGGAGACGUACCAUGGCCAUGUGCAAUCUUUUGGCCUUUAUCGUAUUUACUUUCUGGCCCUGUAUGCCGCCCAGACUCCUCAGCGACCCCACCUACAACGGCGAGGACGCGAAGGAGGCCAAGUCCUAUGGAUUUGUGGAUACCGUGCACGGAAAGGAUGGUGAUAGCAGUGUCUGGACUACCAACAAGUUCUGCAACCAAUACGCUGCCAUGCCCUCCCUGCACUUCGGAUACUCUUUCCUCAUCGGCCUCACGAUUGCCACCGUUCCCCUCAGGAGACAGGGCCGCUUCGGGUGGAAGAGACUUGUCGCCAUUUUCACCGGCAUGGUUUACCCUGCCAUCAUUCUUACGGCCAUUGUCGCAACUGCCAACCACUUUGUUCUGGAUGCGGUGGCCGGAGCUUGCGCUUGCCUAAUCGCCUGGAAGUUCAACCACGUGCUUCUCAACCUCCUCCCCAUCGAGGACUGGUUUUUGCACGUACUCAGGAUGCACAAGCCCAAUUAAAUUACAACUAGUCUCGAUACCUCGGGGUCCGAGAUGAGACGGUUGACCUGAUAGCUGUGCUGUUUUAGCACGGUCUGAGGUUUUGUGGAACAAGGAACCCACAGGGCAAACGCCAACAAGCAUAACACAACAACGAACGGCAACAUUAUGUGUACAGAAGGGAUAUGUAAUCCUGUAACGAAUGAUCUCAAAGCGAGCGAACGGAUUGGGUUGGAAUAUGGGUUUGUAAGGGUACUUUCUCGCUACAUCUGGCUAGGGCCAGGACCACUUUAUCUCCUCGCAUGUCGGAAGGGAAUCUAUACUAGAAGGGAGCCCGCGAGCACGAGCACACAUACAGCACCAAAGAGAAGGAGAAGGCAUCUUCCUCUCUCCCUCUCGUUACCGGGUCUCAGCACAUUCCUCCGUUCUUACUGCAUGUAAUACCAGUACACUCACGGAUCAUGAUACCCUCUCUUGCUUUUUUUUUCCCCUGGAGGGGAUUCUAGGUACAAAAACUUAAUUCAAACUCUUCGAAUGGCUACAACACAAACGUUCAUGUAUUUUGACUGCUCCUUGCCCUCUGACCUCUCAUCACCAUUAUCAUCAUCUGGCUCCUGAGACUUUCCCUUAAGUAUUCACGCCCACCAGGAUUUGUAUGCAAGAUGG